AGUGCCCUAGUUUCUCUCAGUCUGAGUCUGGCGGUUACAAGCUAAGACAUGUUUUCCUGUCUUCGCAAGCGUUUUGGGAGGGGGAACGUCGAUUCUGGAGAGACUAAAGUGAAGGAGUCUAGCCUUUCGUCUCAAAGUAAUGAUGGACAGAGACAGCACUUCUGGGGAAUGUGGAACGCUAGGAGAGAAACAUCUUCCACUGAAACUGCCCUAAGCGAGAAGCAGGCCAAGAAGGAAAAGGAGAGGCUGAUUAAAGAGCUGCAGCUCAUUACCGAGGAGAGAAAUGACCUGAGAGAUCGCCUGAGGUUUCUGACAGAGAGAUCCAUGAAGAACAGGCCACACUUCAGGCCAAAUCCAUAUUAUGAAGACCUGGAGAGAAUGGAGGAGGCGGUCAUGUCAAUUCUGCACAACUUAGAGAUGGAGAACACUGAGAUCCAUGAGAACAACCAUAAGCUGAAGAAGGAGAUUACCUUCUCUAGGUAAGUCCUGGUCAGAAAGGCUAUUACCUGUGGAAUGAUCAUUUCUGACUUUCUUUGUUCUGGAUUGGACGGUCUUCAGUUCUGGUUCUAUCUCUUGUGCUGUUUACACAUCAGUGUGCCAGGGUCAUUAGGACUCAGUUUUCAGUUCCAUAAAAGACUGUUACUCAUCCCAGGAUUGUCUAGGCAUCUUCAGAAGGCUCUAGAUAGAACAGCACUGAUUGAAGUCAGCAGGUUAUUAGGCUGACCUGGACCUAUGGUGUCAUACCAGGUUUUACAAAACCCAGUGUGUGGACCACAUGGUUAGCAUGAGCUUCUCUUGGUUCUACUGACCUCCUUUGAGGGUGUUGGCCCACUACUAAUUGAUGUUGGCCCCAUGCAUUGGGCUUUCAUGGAUAGUUGUAGAUCCAUGUUUUUUUUGAGAGAUGCGGACACUAAUUGGUGCUCGGGCCAAACAAACAAUUUAUUCUUCCCGGAAUUUACUCUUUGUGGUUUGUGCAGCAGCCUUAUAUGUAUCGAAAUGAAUUCUAUUAAGUCUUCAUGGGUAUCUGGGUCCUGGUGGAGUUAGUGGCACUCGGGAGUGGGAAUGGGAGAAAGGGGCAGCAUGAUCUUACUAUGCAGACUGUAUUUCCAGAAACCUGCUCAGCCAGCUCCUGAUGGAGAACACAUGUAUGAAGAAGUUGGUCCCACUGAAGCAGGAGAGCAAGGAGGUACAUCUUGAUUGUGCACUGAACAAGAAAUAUUUGGUUGACUUCAACAAGAAAGAUAAAGACCAGCAACGUCCAGACCCAGCAUCAUCUGGUAGGGAUGAGCAGCUGUGUUAGCUUAAAAAUAUCUGAUAAAUUUUGCCAAUUUGAUACAUCUUUGCUCUCUCCUACCACCUUUUAAUUUACACUCACAACCAGCCAACCACCUCAUGUAAUGGAAUUGUUCAUUGCUCUGCCUAUGCACAAGUAUUCUGGGAAGCCAACCACUUUUCAGAAACUGAAUUAUUUUGCAAGUAUAUUUGUCUGCUCUUUUUGAAGCUGCAGUAUAGAAAUGGUGACAGAUUAAUAACAUACCUCAUUAUUGCAUAUCCAUGUGAUAGAUUGGAUGCUCUGUAGAGUUUUGAACAAGUUCUUGGUUCUUUGACAAAUGACACUCUAUGGUCAUGUGACUUCUUGUGUAGGAAGCACCUUUUCGGGAUAAGAAGAAAGUGCAAAUGUCAAAUUAGAACUUGUCAUUGGUUUUAACCUUGGUGACAUAUGGACAUCUCCUUUCUUCCUGCAACCCAAUGAGGUUCCUUCCAUUGCCCUGUUCUUGGU